GUAGGCAAAUGGUAGUGAGUGCGUAAAGGUCAAUCACUGCUCUUGACUUUUGUGAAGACUACUAGGGGUAGUUAUAUUAAGAGUAUCUUUGCUGUGGUUAAAUGGUACUGAUCACGGUGUAAUUUGAUUCAAUUGCAGAGCACUGGAAAUAUACUUAAAAUAUUUGUUUAAGACAAAUAAAAAAAAAUAUAUAUAUAUAAAUUGCAAGAAAAAUGACUUACGAAUCACCGUACAAUGAAGAGGUAGAGGUAAUACCUUUAUUACGACGCGAGAAACAAACAGGUUGGCGCUGGAGCCCGAGGUACACGGUGGCGGUUCUCGGCUGCCUUGGCAUCCUGGUCGAGUAUUGCCAGCGGGUCAACCUCUCCAUCACCAUCGUUGCCAUGACGGGCUCAGAAAGCAAUAAUGGCAGCCAUGCCCUCGACGCUUGCCCCGCUUCGCACAACAGUUCCUCCGAAGCGCCGACCGAAGGGCCUCUCAGCGCCGCCGAGUUCAGCCACUGGGACUCGCAGACGCAGGGCCUCCUCCUGAGCAGCUUCUUCUGGGGCUACGCGGCCACCAACGUCGCGGGGGGGCGGGGGGCGGAGUACCUGGGGGGGAAGAUGGUGUUCGGCGCCGGCAUCAUCACCUCGUCCUUCCUGUCGCUCAUCUCGCCCCUGUGUGCCCGGGCCAGCGUGCGGCUCUUCAUGGCAGUGAGGGUUCUGCAGGGACUCAUGCAGGGCGUGACUUUCCCGUCAAUCAAUGCGAUGCUAGCCACGUGGGUCUUGCCUGCCGAGAGGUCAAAGUUCAGCACCAUCGUGUACUCAGGCUUCCAGAUCGGCACUGUAGUGGGGCUGGUGGCGAGUGGAUGGCUGUGUUCCACCACUUUCCUGGGUGGAUGGCCUUCCGCUUUCUACGUAUUCGGGAUCUGUGGACUGGUCUGGGGUCUGGCCUGGUGCUGCUUCAUCUACGAGAGGCCGGAGGAGCAUCCCGGACUCUCGGAUGCUGAUUUAAGGAUGCUCAGGCUUCACCAGGAGUCGGUGAAAGGGAAAGAGGUAAUACCAGUUCCUUGGCUGUCUAUCGCGACCUCUCUGCCGUUUUGGGCCAUCAUGGCGACCAGUCUAGGAAAUGACUACGGAUUUUACACUCUGCUGACGGAGCUGCCCACGUACCUGCAUGACAUUCAGCACUUCGACUUGGAUAAGAACGGGAUGCUGUCUGCUCUGCCCUACCUGCUGAUGUGGGUGUUCAGCCUCGCAUGGGCAGCGGUGGUCCAUGUGCUGACUGCCAGAGAUAAGGUUACGAUCGUCACAGUCAGGAGGAUGUCCAUGGCUGUUUCGUUAUAUGGACCCAUGCUCGGUCUCGUCGCCAUGUGCUUCGUGAACUGCAACGCUGUGCUGGCUGUGGCCGUGCUGUGCUUCUCGGGUAUGCUGUCCGGGGCGGUCAACAGCGGCUACCUCUGCUCGCACCAAGACCUGGCACCCAAUUUCGCCGGCACUCUGCUGGGCAUCACCAACACCUUGGGCGCUCUGGCCGGGAUAGCAGGGGCCCGCUGUCACUGGGGCCAUCAUAGAGGGCAGGGAGAGCAUCUGGGCGUGGCGCGAAGUGUUCCUGAUCAGCGCCGGCCUCUACCUGGUCACCUGUACCUUCUACCUGGUCUUCAUUUCGGCCGACGUCCAGCCGUGGAACGACCUGAGACGCGUUCGAGGCCAGAGCAACGCCGACGACAAAACCACUCUCUACGAGCCCAUUUAGGUGAUUCGAUUUCUUCUAGAGCAUUCGAAUCCUGUAUCUUUAUUAAAGAAAGUGGGAAAUGCAUUCGGAUUUCAAGGACAGUGUUGGGAGUUUUGGUUUAGUUUGCACACACAAGGACCGCACGUAUAUUGAUGUUAGUGUGUGGCGUGCGCGCAUAGUUGUAUUCAUGUACUGUACGAACAGAAACACGAACACCUACACACACACACACACACACACACACACACACACACACACACACACACACACACACACACACACACACACAUACACACACGCACGCACACGCACACACUCAUACUGGUCUUGUAGAAAUAUAGAUACGAUUCAUAACUUUAACAAAUUCAUUAUACCAUAUCUCUGUAUCAGUUGAAUGAAAUAAAUUAUUAUUCAUCCAA